AUGGCCGCCGAGCACCAGCUGCAACAACAGCAGCAGCAGCCUGCCAAGGCCGCCGCCGGCAGCAGGUUCGCGGUGACGUGCGGCCUGCUGAGGCAGUACAUGAAGGAGCAGGGCGGCAGCGGCGCCACCAGGUGCCUCGCGCCGGCCGUCGCCAUGGGCCUCAUGCCGGAAGCCGACGCUGCCUCGGCGGCGACGACCGAGGAGAGGACCACCGUGCUGGAGCUCUUCCCGCAGCAGGCUGGCACGCUCAAAGACGAGCAGCAAAGGAAGAGGAAGGAGCCUGCUGACGGGAGAGCGCCGCUGACCAUCUUCUACGGCGGCAAGAAGGUUGUCUUCGACGACUUCCCCGCGGAGAAGGCCGAGGAGCUCAUGCAGCUCGCCGGCUCCGGCGGCAACACCACCGCGCCCGCCGCCGCCCACCAGAACGCGCUGGGACAGCCCAGCCUCACAGACAUGCCCCUCGCGAGGAAGGUGUCGCUCAAGAGGUUCCUCGAGAAGAGGAAGAACAGGCUCACCGCGGCAGAUCCGUACCCGGCGGCGGCGGCGGCAAGUGAGUCGUCGACCAAGCAGCCUUCUGCAGUGAAAGACGAGGGCGCGCCGUGGCUCGGCGUGAGCUCCGCGCUCAGCCUCAGCUGA